CCUGCAGGGCGGCGGGCCGGGCCUCUGGCGGGCGCCCUGCUCGCCGGCGUGGCCCGCGGGCGCUGGGCCGUCCAGGAGGUGCGGCGGAGCGCCAGCUCCCGCGGAGACCUCCCUGGUCAGGGCGGCGCUGGACUCGUCAGCCGGGCGCCUGGUGGGCGUGGGCCAGCUGGCUGCGCGGCUGCCGGGCGCCUUCCUCCCCAUGCCCAACCUUUCGGCUUCCACGUGCAGCGGGGCGCCGCCGGCGAGGUGCCGAAGGGGCUGCAGGGCUGCACCUUCGACGCGCGGAGCGACGGCGUGCUGCCGGGGAGCAGCACCGCCGCCCACUGCGCCUACGCGGUGCAGUACGAGUUUCCCUGGUUCCCGCUCCUCGCGGGCCUGUCCACGUCGCCAGAGGUCAAGAGUUCCAUGGCAGAGGCCAUCGCUCCUCUGGUGCGGGGCGGCGUGCAGAUGGCGCGGCGCUGGUGGCUCGCGUACGAGCUGUUCCACGAGGCUCUGCCGCUCGAGGGGCUGGAGGAGGUCCGGGGCGUGGCCGCGAUCCCGUUCCUGCCGCCGGAGAGGUUCUUCUGCGUCUCCGGCGAGCUCUCCGCGCGCCACGGCGUCGUGGACAACCUCCUCGGGGGCAGGGACUUCUGCCCCUUCGUGGAGAAAUUCGCGGGGGCCGCCGAUGCCUCGAGGGAGUUCCACGCCGAGCUGCUGGAGGUCCUCUCGCCCAUACCCGAAGACCAGACAGCGGCAUACCGCCGGGCUCGCGUCGCGCUGAGGCGCGGCGGCGGCGUCAGCUCGGGCCCAGCAUCGGCCGACAGAUCGACAGCUCGGCGCUGCUGGAGAGCUGCGAUCGUGCAAGGCCGAGCGAGCCAUGCGGUAAUAGUCCGAGGCGGGAAUUUAUACAUGACCACCGCCUGGAGGGUCAGUUUUCGGAGCCUCGGCAGGCGGUGGAUAUGGACAUAUUCGGGCCCUCGGGGGCUGAAAUAUACCCAUGUCCACCGCCCGCUGGGGCACCAGGACGUCGGUUCCCACGCGGUGGAUCUGGAUAAAUCCCCGCCUCGCAACCAGAGUCGUGGGCUCAGGAGGGGCUGUGUCUCUCGGGAGGACGGGCAGCGAUUCGUGGCCGAGGCUCGCCAGGGUCAGAAAAGUCACUUCGUUCCUGAUUCAGUGCUCCUUACAGGUAUCACGAGGACCGUAAGCAUUGACUUUCGGGUGGCCUCGCGGAUCUCUGGGACCAGCGCCGGCCAAAACACGGAUCCGCGCGGACCUCCGAAAGCCCAAGCGUAUGCAGUUGUUUGUUCUUCCGCCGUCUGCAUGCUGACCGUCAAGGAGUUCCUCGCAGAGGGCGGCAUCGACCACGGUGGCCUGGUCGACCGCGCCAACAUCGACCGCCUCGUGGGGCAGCUGUCGGACAGCGGCUUCGUCAUGAGCGAGCAGGAAGUAGAGAGGCUGGCCGAGGUGUUCUGCCUCGCCCCCGGAGCCCAGCGGGGCAGUGCCGCCUCCAGCCUCCGGGCCUUCGCGGUCUGGAUCCGCGGGGAGGAGGGGCUCGCCUCGCGGCUGCGGGAGCACCUGCUCGGCGCCGUGCCGGCGGACUACCGGUGGCACGCCCCGGGCGAGGACUUCCUGGAGCGCCUGUCGCGGGUCAUCUCGCACAUCGAGACGAGGGCGUCGCAGAUGAUCGAGGGGGAGCUGCCUCCUGAGAAGAAGGCCCGCUUCUUCGUCGACGUGAUCUCCAAUCCGUGGGACAGGGACGGCGUCUGCAUAGACGCCGCACUGUGCACCAGCCUGCAGCAGGGCCUGCUGUCUGCCGACCGGUACAAGCUGGUCAGCAAGACCCAGGUCGACGGCGGGUUCCAGCGGAUAAACCAGAACUGGGUGUCCUCGGAGAAGUACGACGACAUGGUGGGCAAGGUGAAGGAGCUACAUCAUCUGCCGCCUCCACCGACUGUGCUCGACAAGCUGCUGGAUGGUUACUUCGCCUGUGUGCAGAAGAUGAUGGCCGACGAACGCAUGGACCCCAUCGUGUGCGCCACCAUCGCAAAGGUCGCCUUUAAUACAAUCCACCCCAUGGUGGAUGGCAAUGGCCGGGUGCAGCGCAUGAUAUUCCAGCUGGUCCUCUUCAAGUAUGGCUUCCUGCCGCGGCUCAACGUCCCCGUGUCCGUGAUCAUGCUCCAGGACCGCACGGCCUACGAGGUGAUGCAGGGCAGGCACGUGGAGCAGGUAAUGGCCGGGGUGGUGUACGAGGAGACCGAGACAGACGUGGAGGAGGGAGGCGACGGUUUCCGGCAUGUCGACGAAGGAGACGGCAUCAUGGCUCUCUACCAGUACCAGGACUUUACGUUUGCGGUGAGCUCAAUGAUGAAGCUGAUGCAGAACACCCUGCCCGUCAUCGCGGCCAAGGCCUACUUCCUCCAGCGCUUCGACUGGCGAGUGGACGAGCUGCUCAAGGGAGACGCGUUGAUGCCUCCUCGCGCCGCCACAAGGAUCGCUAAGGUCUUCAAGAACGACGGUGGCAGUGGUGGAAUCAGCGUCAGGAAACUGGUCAAGCUGCUCUUGCUCGAUGGGUGGCGUAUCGGCUUCCGGCGAAUCUUCCGCUUCCUGGCGAUGGCCAGCCGCGCAGAAGAUAAGGUCAGCCUCAAGAGCAUCGGGCAGCGCCUGAGUGACUCCUGGCGCCGAUCGCGGCGGCGAUUGUGGAUCAUGUCUUCCGGACAGGUCAUGGGAUCUUCUUCGACUGGGAGGGUCAGAUGGGUCGGCGUCUCGCUGGACAAGUUUGCUGCCUGCGAGCUGGCGCUGAGGAGGGCCUUGAAGGUAUCCAACGUGGGCGACACAGUGGUAGCGGUGCACUACCCCAAGGACAUGAGCGACUUUAGCGCGGACCUGUUCCCAGAGCUGGCGAACGACAUCAACAGCGAAGUGAAGGCGGUCAGGGCGCAGCUGAUGGCCAAGGUCCAGGGAGUGGUGGACGCGCACAUGCCCGAGGGUGUGCUAUUCAGAGCCUUUAUCGGCCCACCCUCGGCCUACAGGCCCGCGUAUUCUCUGUGCGAGGACGCCAAGGUGGCCGAGGUGAAGCCUUACAGAAUAUAUACGGGCUACGACCAGUUCGAACACCAUAGGACGUUCACAGACUACGUCGUGCGACACGCGCCCUGCGACGUGACGCUUGUCAAGGGCGACUUCUCGGCCGUCGGCACAACCGUCAGGUGGGUGGGCAUCUCCGCCCGGAACUUUGACAUCUCCGGCUCCGCCCUCAUCAAGGCGUUUGCGCACUCCAAGCCGGGCGACUCCGUGAUCGCCAUGCACUAUCCAGUGAACCCAUUUGUGGAGGGGAUGUCCUCGGUCUUCGAAGCUCACAUGUCCUCCAUGGGCGAGGCCGAAAUGAUGAACGUCCUCAUGGACAACGAGAAGUGCCGCGCGGCCGAGCGGGCGGAGCGCAUCGCCAACCAGUGGUGCAAGGACGGUGUUCGGUUCGAGAUGUACGUAGGCGAGCUCACCUCCGAGCCGCAUGUGCAGAUCGUGCGCGAUGCGGAGACGGGCGUUGGAGAGCAGCCGCAGCCUCCUCACACCAUCUACAUCGGCUACACAGGUCGAACUGACCGCGACAGGCUCGUGGACCCGAGCAAGAUGUACGACGUGGCGGAGUACAUCGUCCGCCGUGCCCCCUGCAACGUCGUGAUCGUGAAGGAGUCGCAGCAGGCGAUGAGGUCCCGCAUCCACGGCCGCAGGCACCUGCCUGUCGUCUCGGCAGAUGGCCCCUGAGUGCCGUGGCCCGCCAGAUCGUGACCGAGGAGAGACCUGCUGCUCGCCGCUGGCGGAGCCCAGGGCCCGCGAAGGGCGGCCUGAGUGAUCCGCCCCGAGAGCGGCUCGACGGGGUCUCCGGCUCGACGGAGCAGCAGCAGGCGGACGACGAGUGAGGACAGCCGGCGGUCGCUGGACCUCCCUAUCUCGGGAUCGUGACAGGACCUGGUCGUGCCCGUGUAGGCAGCGCAUGCUUGCGGGACGGGCGAGGUGGUGGGCCCUCUCGAUAGUUUCAAGGACCGUCUCACGGUCCACUCUGGAAUGUGGGACCGCGUCAGCUGACCUGUUUCCGGUGGGCGCAGAACCCAGACAUUUUAAUAACGACGUUCAGGCUUUCCUGGAUGCCGUGAUGAAAAGCA